GCACUGUCGUAUUUUCAUGUGUUUAUGUUCAGUGAAAAACAAGGAUUUGAAGAAAGUCAAAAAAGUUUGUUGUUGUCAUAUUAUCAAAAUAAGACAUCAUAGUACUUAUAGAAUUUUAAGUUUAAUUCAAAACUACAAAUGCAUUUUUUAAAAAGAUUAUCAGGAAUAAUCAAUCUACAUUACAAACGCUACCCAAUAAGAUGUUUAACCUCCAAAUCGUGCGUAAAUGUAAAGGAUGAAGUAGAACAAAAGGAAAAAAAUAUUUUGGUAGAUCGUUUUGAAGAAAUUUGUAUAAUUGGUAUAAACCGACCAGAAAGGAAGAAUGUUUUAAAUGUUGCUGCUGCACAAGAACUAUCGGAUGAAUUAGAUAAAUUUGAAAAUGAUGAAAAUUUUUUAGUUGGUAUCCUUCAUGGUAUAGGAGGGAAUUUCUGUAGUGGUUAUGAUCUUAAAGAAAUUGCACAAUAUGAUGGAAAAAAUGAGGAAGUUUUACCUCACUUUGGGCCAUUGGCUAAUAGAAUUGAGUUAUGUAAAAAACCCUUAAUUGCUGCUAUAAGUGGAUAUGCUUUAGGAAUAGGCUUUGAACUUGCCUUAAUGUGUGAUCUCAGAGUAAUGGAAGAAGGUGCAGUAUUAGGAUUUACAAAUAGACGGUUUGGCAUACCUAUAUUAUGUGGUGGUACUGUCCGAUUACCCGCCUUAAUUGGUUAUUCAAAAGCAAUAGAACUGAUAUUAACUGGUCGUUACAUCCAAGCAAAAGAAGCAUAUUCAUGUGGUUUGAUUAAUCGUUAUACAACUACUGGCAAUGUGUUAGGCACUACACUAAAUUUGGCAAAAUCAUUUGUGAAAUUCCCACAAAGAACAUUGCUUGCAGAUCGUGCUUCUGCACAGUUUGCCACAUUUUCUGCUAAACAAUUAGAAGAAGCUAUACAAUUUGAGAAAGAUAAUGCAUCUCAUUUACUAUUUGAAGAAGGAGUUGCAGGAGCAAAAAGGUUUGUUACAGAAGGAUUAGGAAAACAUGGAAAAUUUUACAAUAUUACAAAAAUAGAAACUAAGUUUGAGGAAUUUGAUAAAGAUCUUUUAUAAAGAUCAUAUAAAAGUACUUGUUCCUAAAGACUGCUGUGUAUAGGAACAAAUGAUACAAAAUCUCAUAUGACUGUUAUGUAAUAUAUAUUUAAAAUAUAUCUAAACUUUUUACUAUGAUUAAAUUCCUUUAUUAUGAAUACAA